GACAACAAUCUGAAUGAACUGCGUAUAAAACUUCACCCCCACCGGCCAUGCCGCUUUUGAUGCCAGCUGCUAAUGUGUUUCCAGUCGAACUGAUCGCCAAAUGCCUCCUCCCCAGCUUCAGCGACAAAAGAAUUCCUCAAUCGACUGUUUUGAUUCCUUCACCUACUUGAUCGACUACAGAAUCGAUCAUUUAUCUCGUUUUCCACUUUUAUUUACUGUUAAAUCUUUGGCCAUCUCUCGUACUUUUUCCGGCCAUCAUUUCGAUGGACGGCGGGGGUGCAUCGGAUGUUUUUAGUGCUUCAACGGCUCCCCUCGCCUGGCACGAUUUUCUGGAGCGGAUGCGUCAUCCCUCAGCAGCUGACUUCGUCAAAUCCAUCAAGAGCUUCAUUGUAUCCUUUUCAAAUAGAGCCCCAGAUCCUGAAAAAGACAGUGCCGCUGUACAGCAUUUUCUUGCUAAUAUGGAAGAGGCUUUCAGGGCUCAUAUGCUCUGGGCUGGUAGUUCAGAGGAAGAACUUGAAAGUGCUGGUGAGGGAUUGGAGAAAUAUGUAAUGACAAAACUUUUUAAUCGGGCAUUUGCUUCACUUCCAGAGGAUGUGCAACAUGAUGAGGAGCUUUUUGAAAAGAUGGCUCUCCUGCAACAGUUUGUAAGACCAGAGAACCUGGAUAUAAAAGCAGCAUUUCAAAAUGAGACUUCCUGGCUGCUAGCACAGAAAGAACUGCAGAAGAUCAACAUGUACAAGGCUCCUAGAGAUAAACUUGUCUGUAUCCUCAAUUGUUGUAGAGUCAUCAACAAUUUACUGUUAAAUGUUUCUAUUGCUUCAAAUGCAAAUCCUCCCGGAGCAGAUGAGUUUCUUCCAGUCCUCAUAUAUGUUACUAUAAAGGCAAACCCUCCACAGCUUCACUCAAAUCUCUUAUACAUACAAAGAUACAGACGCCAAACUCGUUUGGUCUCUGAAGCAGCUUACUUCUUUACAAACAUUCUAUCCGCAGAAUCCUUUGCAUGGAACAUUAAUGGGGAGUCUCUUUCAAUGGAGGAAACUGAUUUUCAGAAAAAAAUGGAGUCGGCUCGUGCACAACUACUAGGCUUAUCGACGGACACCACUAAUCACAGGAAUAAAACAACUGAGAAUGUCACGGAGCACACAUCAGAUGCAUCAAAAUCUCAAGGUGAGGCAGCCUAUGCUUUCAGGGAGAACAAGGAUCUUGGUAGGGCUCAAUGGAUUACAAGCAGAACUGCCACAUCAGAUUUAGAGAAGAAAGGGGCUGCUGAUCUUCUUAAGAAUGAUAAGCUAACCGAAAAUUUCAAUGAUUACCCAUACUUGUAUGCAAAUGCAGGCGAUCUGACUGUGGAUGAUGUCGAAAGUUUACUCGAUUGCUAUAAAAAACUAGUGCUCAAGUAUGUAUGUCUUUCCAGGGGAAUGGGUAUAAGUGCCUCCUAUGUUGGGGAACCAAAUUCUCAAUUAAAUUCUAAGCUAGAAAAUGCAGGUAGUUUAUUUGAUGUUGCAAAAGGAAAAGUCAGCAAUGGGAGUUAUAAUGAGUCAAGAACAAUAAAUGAUCCUUCAACUAUGACCACAAAUGAUGGUGCACUAAAUAUUACUCUCAGUGAACCUGAUUGGCCUAAAGAUGCUGUACAGGGAAAUCUUAGUGUUUCUGUUGAUGCUGCAAAGGAGGAAAUGAAUAAUAUAAAUGAUACUGAACCCAAGGUUGCUCUAAAUGACCCAGUUGGUCAUACAAGUACCGAAAAAGCAGAGUUGCGAUUUGCUAGGCCAUGAAAGCAGCAUGCAUAACACUGUUUCAAAUUGGAAAAACUGAGAAUUGGAAGAAGUUUGGAUUGCUGCGUUCAAACACAUUGUUUGUGCCAUUUUGCUUCUUAGUGCAAACAAUUGUAUGUACUAUAGUUUUUUUUUUAUGAAUUAGUACAUUUUGUGGGUCAUCAUGAUUGCACUUCCAGUAUGCUGUUAGUUUUGAUUCAAGUUAAUUCCCUCCAACCUUCAUGGAAGCCUUGGUAAGUUGUCGCGACUCGUAGCCGACUUUCCAGUGUAAUUAUAAUUGUAAGCUUGUGGACUAUUCAU